AUGCUCGGAGCCUUUUCGUUUGCAGUGUCUCGCAGGAGGGCCCCGCAGUGCUGCUGUCAGUGGCCCUGGCCAUCCAUGCGCAGCGGCCUUCAUUUCUGCUGUGUCCCGUCAGAUGAUAACACUCCGCUCCGCAGCUCCGGGUCGUUUCGUGCCCAGAGCUCCAGCUCCAGCGCUCAGUCUCAGACUCAGCUCGAGCCAAGCGCCAUUGUGUGUCUGUGUCUGUGUGCCUUGACCCCCCGGACUGUGAGAGACAGACAGAGACAGCCAGAGUGGGGUGAGGGAGGUGUUCCUCCCCAGGUCGAUCGGAUUCGUAGCAUGCUUCAGACUAUGCUCGGGAUCUCGGAUUGCAGGACCAGUAUUUGCGCAGUGAAGUGGAAUGGAGUGCAGUGCAGUGCAGUGCAGUGCAGCGCAGGGUUGGCAGGCUGGGGAGAAGCGCACUGGCACUCAAGGAGGUCGACGAGCUCGUCCUCUCACUCGGCUGCCAGAUGCAUCUAGUGAAUUUGGGUUGGCGUUUGAUUUGGGUGGUUCAUCAUGGUCUGGUAGAAUGGCAGGCCGUGUUCAUCUGUCUGUUCCAUUCCCCUCCCUCCCUCUCUCUCGAACACUAAGCACGAUCCGUCACGAGUAAGAACGCAGUGAUUUCUGUGAGCUUACAAGUCUUUGGACUCGCUAGAUUUUGGUGUCAGUGUGGAGGUGUGCGUCCGGCUGGGUUUGAUGAAGUCUCUCUGUCAUCGUCGUCAUUGCCUUAUCAGUUCCAUCUGUGUAAAACUACCAUUGAUCUCAUUCUGAGAGAAGGAAAGCGAGCAUUUCUUUCACAGUUUAGCGAGCACGAGGGGUUGGUUCACGAAUUCCGAUGACCCGAGAAGUAGAACGACGAGCUUUCGUUCGGUAGGAGUUCGGGGCAUUCGAGUAGACCGACUUGAAUGUUCGGUGGAUGCAGUCAGUCGUCCCAAGACGUGACCCCACUUUUAACUGAUGGGCAUACAUCUGUCGCUGUCUUUAGAUAGUACCGGGUUGGAUUGUUCAGCUGAGCUCAGUGCAGAAGUAGCUCGCGCACACCAGCGAGGAAUCAGCAGCCAGAAGCUGUCUAGCCGACAGGGAAGACUGCCAGCAAUGUUGUUGGCAUUGACUCACCGUGAUUAAGCUGCUGCUGCUGCUGCUCAUUCAGCAUUCUGAGAUUCAAGAGCACUGCAUGUAGCACGUAGACAUCUAGCGGAACGGUUGAUGUCUGAGAACUGGAAGUCGUGUCGUUCGUGAGGAGUAGUGCAUAACUCGUUCGCCUUCAUUGCCAGAGCCUUUCGAUACACUCCUGCCUCCCCGCUCUACUCUCCACUUUCUAGAUUUGAACGAAUACACGGGGCUCAGUGUCUGCACCAGCAGUGUUGAUUCCACCGAGUUCACUUGUGCACUGCUCUGGAGGAUCUGUAGGCAGCAAUUGGGCAAAAUUGACGCCUUACAUUUAUCCGUGGGAAGUCUCUGAGUGGCAAAUGACCCAAAUUUCUUCUCACGGGUAUCAUCUAGAUCAUCACGGAGGACAGUCAACAGUUUACGGUUUGCCAUGCAUUCCGUAGUGGAUAGUGAAGGAAGAGGGGUCGGUCGGUUCAUCCUUGGCCCCCUGACAAAACUCUGAUGAAUCUCAGGAUAUCACACCUUUGAACUGCCGGAAACUGGAGAACAAGGCCGCCAGUGUCCUUUCCAAUAUCUGUCAAUCACUACGAGUCUGCAAAGCCCAGACUCGUACUCACACUCUACUCGAUACAUUCCACCAAAACGGCGCAUGUGAUUCACAUCCUUGGAAUCAGAAAUGGCGUCAAGCCAGUUGGCUGCAUGUUGCGGGAGAGAUCCAAAGGCCAAGUAAGAAGGAAAGUACUCCAGAACAGUACUGUGUCACCGGACGCUGGUUGCAUCCCGUGACUUGUAUUUCUUCACUUGCACAGUGCAGAUUAUGAACGAGGUACGAUCAUGGUCGAAAGAAGGGCUGUGAGAUCAAUCAUCUCCAUAGAGAAUGGACUAUCCAGCAUCUCCCUUCUUCUUGUUUGCUCACGUCGACAAGAAGUACACGCACAAGAAGUAUGUGGGCUUCCUCUACAUCCUCUUAACAUGACUUUCCACAUACCCUCGGGUCGAU